AAAAAAAAAACAAAAACAAAAAAAAGUUGCCUGAAUCAUCUCUCUCUCUGAGGUCAAUUAAUUUGAGCUGCAUGUAGGCAGGCAGGAACAAGAAGAAGGAAGUCUGCUGAUUAGAGAUGUAGAAUGCACUUCCAGCUUCUUGAUUCUGCCAUGAUCCCAAUUUUGCAUGCACCAACUUCUUGAUUCUUCUCUAAGAAUUGAAAGUUUGAAGCUCUCGUUUGUAAUUAUAUAUGUACAUUGUACGCCUGUAUAGUAGUAAUGCCUGAAAUAUAUCAGCCAUCUGCAACUAUGGAGCAUGAUGAGCAUAGUAGUAGCAAUUUGGAUAGUGGAAACUUGAGUUCGCCGCCAUCCCCCUUUGUUUAUGGAGUAGCCUAUGUUCCAGCCUCAGGCAUAAAGUUAAGAAGUUCCUCGUCCUCUAGCAGUUCCUCAUCCUCUAGCAGUUCUUCAUCAGAUUCCCCAGAGGACAAUCCAUUUGUGGGAGAUGAUGAUGAUGAUGAUGAUGAUGAUGAGGAGGAGGAGGAGGAAGAGGAGGAGGAGGAGUCUGUAAACCAAAAUGAUGACAGUUUUGAGAUGCAAUUUCCUUCCGUUGUUGUUGUUGAUGGAGGUGAUCUUCAUGCGUUGAGUAAGAAUUCACGGUCCUCUAGUUCUUCUUCAUUGAAUGAUGACGAAUUGGUGUUCGAAGAGGAGCAUAGGGAGGAUACUCAUGUUUUAGGUUUGCCAAUGUCGCAUUCAGUAGCUCUUGAUGAUGGAGCUGAUGAUGAUGAAGUUUUGAACAAAGAGUCAAGACCUUCCUCCCCAUCUAGUUCAUCUUCUUCAGGUUCUGUAUUUGAUGGUCAAUUUGGUUUCGAUGAUGACAUAGACAGAGAAAACUUGGCAUUGCCAUCCUUCCUUAAUGCUCAUGAUGAUGUUGAUCUUCAAGACUUGGGUGAAAAUGCAAGGUCCUCCGUUGACAGUUCAUCUUCAGUAGAUUCUCUGAGGAAUGGUGAUGAGGAUCAUAGAAUUACAGAUGAUCAUAAUUUGGUUAUGCAGUCUACUAUUGAAGAUGGAUUAGACGAGAAAUCUAGGUCCUCAUCCUGCUCUUCUUUGGCAGACUCAUCAUUGAAUCAACAUUUGGAAGAACAUAAUGACGAGAGAGAUAAUGACAUUGGGAUUUUGAUAGUGGAAUCUUCCCAUACUGUUGAUGGAGUAGAUCUUCAUGUCUCAAGUAAACAUUCAAGGUCAUCCUCAAUCAGUUCUUCACCAGACUCUCCAGUAUUGGAUGGUUUGCAUAGCAACAUAACUGUUGGAAAUUUGAUAAUGCCAUCUUCACCUCGUGUUGAUGGAACUGAUGUUGAGUCUCCUAGCAAGGCAUCGAGAUCCUCCUUCACUUCUUCACUAGAUUUCCCAUUGAAUGGUCCAUUUGAGGAAAGCGAAAACAUUACUGCUGAAAAUUUGCCACCGCAAUCUUCCCCUGAUGAUGAUGGUACUGAUCUUCACACUUUAACAAAAUUAUCGAGAUCCUCCUCAACCAGUUCCUCUUCAUCUUACUCACCAUUGAACGAUGGGGAUCACAAAUCAAUGACUGUAAAGUUUUCAAUGCUAUCUCCCCCUUCUGUUGAUAGUUCUGAUGUAAUUAAAUCUCCUAGCAAGACAUCAAGGUCCUCUUCCGCUUCUUCCUCACCAAAAUCUCCACUGAAGUCUGGUCCCUAUGGAAAAAGUGAUGAGGAAAUUAGAGAUUGUAGUACUGGAAACUCCACAGUGCAAUCUACACCUAAUAAAAAUGAGGCUGAAUUUCAAGAUUUAAGGAAAACAUCAAGGUCCUCCAGCUGUCGUUCUUCACCACGCUCCCCAUUGAGUGAUUCGCAUAGGAACUCGAACAUUGAGAUGUUGUCAGUGUGCUCUUCCCCUAAUAUGAAGAAAGUUGAUACUGAAGUUCAAAGCAAUACAUCAAGGCCUUCAAAAGACUCUCCAAUGGAUGACUUCAUGAAGGAUGAAAAUGAGGAAACUAGGAAUUUGAUGCUGCAAUCUUCCCCUAGUGAUAAAGGAAUCAUUGUUCAAGCUUUAAGUAAAACAUCAAGGUCUUCCUCUGCCAGUAGUUCUUCACCAGACUCCCCAUUUAAAGAGGGUAAUAAGCUGAUAGUGCAAUCUUCCUCCCCUAUAAUUGAUGGAGUCGAUAAUGAAGCUCAAGAAAGCAUAUCAAGCCCACCAAAAGACCGUCUAUCCAAUGAUUCAUGUAAGAAUGGUAAUGAAAACACUAUGAAUUUGAAGCAUUCCUCUGGCAUUGAUCAGGUUGAUGUUGAAGUUCCAUCCAAACUAUCGCGGUCCUCCUCCACGAGUUCUUCUUCAUCAGACUCUUCACAUGAUGAUCCUCCUGAACUGGAUCAUAAAGGUGCAGGACUAGAUAAGCAACACGACGAUCCUGUUUCAAGGGAUUCACCCUCACAAAAGGAAUUGCCUGUUUCGGUACAAGCAUCAACAGUCACAAAUCAUGGUUCCGAAUCUAACACAGUUAGCGACAUAUCAACAAUGAGUAAACCUCCCACACAAGUUAUGGAGCGCCCCCCUAACAAGUCUAAGUAUAGGAUACCUUCACAUGUGUUUGCUAGAACUAAGUCCAAUAACCCUGUGGAUUGGAGUAUGGCUUCUAAUGAGUCACUGUUCAGCAUUCAAAUGGGAAAUAUGAGUUUCACGGGGGAUCAGAUGUUCAUGAAAACAGAUCAGGAUUUGGGAAUGCCAGUAGAAUCAUCUUCGAUGGCAGGAGGACCAGGUCAUAUGUUUAAUCACUCAGCAAAUCAGGUUCCAGGAAAUAAAGCAACAAACGGGAAAAUCCAGGAAAAGGAAAGAGCCGAGGCUUCUGUUGAGACAAUGAAGUCAGUUUCGAAGGAAAAUGAAAAUGGCAAUAAGAAGAACUCAGUUUCCGAGGAACAAAUAUCACAUCAUCCAGCAGAAAGUGCAGCCAGCAACAAAUCUUUUGCAUUUCCAAUAUUGACAGAUGGCGAAAGAGGGCAACCAGUAAUGAGCGGUGAUGGCUCUUCCAAAGGGAAGCAGAAAGUGUCAUCGCCAAAGACGGAGCCACCAUCAUCACAGCCAUUGGAUCAACAGCAAGAGCAGGCAGAGAAAAAGAAUCCGGUGGGAGCUCAUUUUGGAUUUCGACUUAAAUGGAUUUCUUGUAUGCCAUGUUGCGCAUUCGGUCAUUAAGAAAAGAAAACAUAAUUAUCCUUAGAGGGAAAAUAAAUGCUGCAACAUAUAAACUGUUGCUUCAUGAGGCAACGGAAGAAGGUUAUAAAUAGCUUUUUUAAAAAAAAAUGGAUUAUAAAUAGCUGAUGAAUAGAAGGAAUGCAGAGUUUUUGUUCGUUAGAUGACAGUAAUUUAGAUGCAUUUUUAGGGAAACUUUCAGUUGUAGAUGUAGAUUAUGUCAGCAGUUGAUUUCAAGCAUGUUGUAUAUCUACAUAAACAUUUGGUGUAAAUACAAUCUUUCUUCUUUUGGUGUGGAA